AUGAUACAUCCCUUAUUCAGGAUAUGUAUCCUAGGUGCAUUUCCAUUGGGCAGCUAUGCAUGUCUUGAAAAUAGUACGCAAAAGGGUAUUGAAGGGGUAACUCUCUCUCAUAAUAGUGUUCAAAUUAAUAGCACUUUAGCAAAAUCUGCGCUAUUUUGUGGGUCAGAUGCUCUUUCAAUGAAUUAUUCAACUGGAAAUAUGUUAAGUAAUAAUGCAUGCGAUUAUACGAAGAAUUCUUCGUGUCCAUAUAUUAUUACCAAUGUUACUAGGGCCUUUGAUAAUACCCUUGAAAAUUCAUUUAAUUUAUAA